GGGUCUAGGCCGCGGAAGCUACCCGUCAACUCCAACAGUGUUGCGCCGCACCCUCCAGGUGUUCAUUCCGACAUCCCUCCAGCUUCACGACCCUGCGCCUACUAACGUUGUCCUGGUCGCACCGCAGUCUUCGCAAACAUGAGUCUCAUCAGUGUCCAGUCUGUCGGUCAAUGGCAAGGUAUCCUCAGCGGAAACAAUGUCGUCAUCGCCGAUUUCUACGCCGACUGGUGCGGCCCCUGCAAGGUGAUCGCGCCUCAUUUCGAACGCCUCGCCAAGGAGUACUCGAAGCCGAACAAGGUCGCCUUCUGCAAGAUCAACGUCGACAACCAAUCCGCCAUCGCCCGCGCACACAACGUCAGCGCCAUGCCCACCUUCAUCGUCUUCCACGGCGGCCAGGCCGUCGAGACCAUCAAGGGCGCGAACCCCCCCGCCCUGACGCAAGCCAUUCAGAACGCCCUCAAGCUUCCCGACAAGGGCGGCCGCUCCGCCGCCUCCUUCAAGACCCCCGGCCGGACCCUCGGCGGCGACCAGCCCCCGCGCGCGAGCCUGCGGCGCCCGGUGUCGUGGCAGUUCCGUGGCAUCUUGGACAGCAUCAUCACCUUUAUCGGGCUGUACCUCGUCUCGCUGUUCUCGAUCGAUCCCCACAAGGCGGCCGAGAUGUCGCGGUUCAACCGCGUGAACCCGCCCCCGCCGGUCGUGAAGCCCGCUAAUGGUGCUGGCCCCAAGACCCGGCAGGCCCCGAGGGCCCCGGCGUUCAAGACCCUGGCAGACCUGGGAGGUGACGAAUAGUGUGAGGAUAGGGUUACAGGCGCAAGGCGUUUCUGGUAUUCUUGGGUUAAUGUAUUCAGCUUUGGUGAAGCCGACAAAUAAGAUUUCGUUACGAUGGCGGAAUAUAACUUGAUGGUGCCCCCAAUACCAUUCGUUGUUGGGUCAAUCCCUAAUAACAAACUGCUCCCAUAUAAGCUACCACGCAUAUGGGCCCUGACGCCGCACCGCCCCUUUGACUUCAUAGUGCAGCAGAAUGUCCGCGAUGCUAUCACGAUGGCGAAGGGAUAGGCAUAUAGUCCAUGCUCAGUAUC